AACUCAGCAGCACACAGCUGAGUGUGAGACAGGAGGUCAUGGAGUCCGGUGGGGACGGUCAGACGGCCCCUCCGAACGCGAGCGGACUGGAGCCGGCGGCGGUCGGAAACCCCGCGCGGGUCAUCGCCGACUUUCCCAAAGUUACCACGAGGGGCAGCGCUCGCUUUGGCACUCUCAGCCUCAAUUCCUUCUUCUCUCGACACAACCCCCACCCACACAGAGUCACACACAUGUCGGGUCUGAACGGCAGCCCCGUGUGUAUGGUGAACGAUGACUGGUACGCUAACACUCCCCUGUGCCCGCAUCCGUUAAUCCGGAGCCAAAUGCCUGCCGCCGGUCCUGGCAGGACAUCCCUGUCCGUCCCCUCCCAGAUUUCCCUCGGCAGUGCCGGCGGAGUCCAGUCGGGAGCAGGCCUGUUAUCGGAAGCCUGGCGAGAGGAACUGAAGGAUCUUGCAGCUAAGGUCAGUCAGCCAGCCUCGGGUCCAAGCAGAAGAGAGGACAGAAAGUGUUCCAGAGAAGAGGAAGCUCCUCGCAGGAAGACCCAGUACUCGGCUCAGACAGGGCGUCUCAUCCCUGCGUCCUCCUGGGGAGCCAAGCGCCGCGACACCCAGGCUUCUCACAGACGCCCAGGAACACGCAGGCCCCAGCCUGCCAUCCUGGGUGGCCAGGAGCUCCGGGUGUUGGAGCUCCUGUGUCAGAUUCUGCAGACGGAUUCGUUGUCUUUGGUGCAGAAGUGGCUUCUGCUAGCUGGUGACAGAGAGAAGGAACUGGUUCAGGGUCUGCUACAACAAGCUCUGGCAGAUCUACUUCCCUCCACCCACCAGGAAGAGCAACUCCCCUACACUAUGCAGACUGAACUGUCACUUCCUGAGCCACCGUUAGGACUGUCCCUCCGGAAACGAAGGCUGAGAAGUUCAUGUUCUGCUCAGGAGGUGGUGAAUGAGAAGCCAGAGAGGAUUGGUGAGGCCGAGGUGCUCCAGGUUCACACAGCUGACAGUCAGAACAUCAGCAGCCAUGACUCAGCAAAUCAGCAUGAGCAGAGUCACUAACACACACACAAUGACUCAACAAAUCAGCACAAGCACAGUCGCUAACACACACACACAGACAAUGACUCAGUAUGUCAGCAUGAGCACAGUCGCUAACACACAUGCACACACACACACACACACACACACGCAUUGGCUCAGCAUGUCAGCAUGAGCUCAGUUGCUAGCACAAAACACACGCACACACACAACAACAAACAAAUACAUGCAUGCAUACACACACACACACACAACACACACACACACAAUGCCUCAGCACAUCAGCAUGAGCACAGUCGCUAACACACACACAUACACAUACACAAACAAUGCCUCAGCACAUCAGCAUGAGCAGUCGCUAACACACAUGCACACACACAACAAACACACACAUGCAUGCAUAUACACACACACACACAUGCACGCAUGGAUCCAUACAAACACACACACACGCACAAUGCCUCAGCACAUCAGCAUGAGCAGUUGCUAACACACACACACACGCACAACAAACAAACACAUGCAUCCAUACACCACACACACACACACACGACUCUGCACGUCACCAUGAGCAUAAUCGCUAACACACUCAUGCGCGCACACAACCACAAACACACACAUGCACGUAUACACACACACACACACACACACACACACACACACACACAAAGAACACACACAAGAAUUUUUAAUUACUUGUGCUUUUUUACACAAGUUGUUUUUCAACAGUACUGUUUACACCUUGUUUAUACUCCUUGUUUACACCUUGUUUUGUUUUGAGUAUAGUGAAGAUAUUUCAGCUCAUUCUUGCUCUGGCUCAACACACUGAAGUCUGAUAUUAAGAGUCUGGUAUAAGGAGUCUGAUGACACACACACAGGUAUCUGAGGAUGGCCGCACCACACCCACAAAAGCUUCGGAUGUUUUCAGUAAUUAAACAGUGAGGUUGUUUAUUCUGGUCUUAUUUAGCUUUUAUUUCAGCACAGCUGUGUACUUACACUAUUAAAGCAGACUAAAAUACACCAUGUGUGAAAAUGACACGUUCCUGCAGUUUGGAGACGGCAAAACAUUAAUCAUGAUUUUCUAUCUUUGACUUUCAUGAACUUAAAUGAGCAGCUUCAGUAAAUUACUGGUUUUCCGUAUUCGAUUUGAAUGUUUAUUUUCUAAAGCCAUUACAGUGCCUGCAUAAGUACGAACGUUUUCAUAUUUUGUUGUUUUACAUCCUGGAAUUGAAAUGAACUUAAUUAUAUGUCAUGAAUCUACAAGAACUACUGAAGUAUGAGGAAAGUCAAUAUCAUUUGCAUAAUUAUUCCCACAUGUAAAGAGAUCACAUCUUCAUCAACAUUUAAUCUGGUGCCACUAAUUGCCAUCAAAAAUCCUUAAAUUAUCUGAACUGUGUCAACAUGUCUGUAAUUAAAGUGUCAUGUGAGGUCAAAAUAAA